AUGCAGAUCUAUGGCUUGCUCAUCCUCGCUAAUCCACCUGGAGCAGGUGCGGUACCCCUCACAACGGCAUGGGAGCUCGGCUCCUUCUCUUGGUUGCAGCGCGGAACUGUUCAGGACAUGAUGGGAUUCAUGGCAAGGACGGUUGCGGAACGAACCCAGCCAACACAGCGUCAAUCGGUGCAGGAGAACUCGUACGUGGCGCACGUCCACUCUCGACCUGCUUCGGACGGAAUCUCGGGUGUGCUCAUCACCGACACGGAAUACCCCACGCGCGUCGCCUUUUCGCUGCUCAACAAGACGCUCGACGAGUUUGUCAUAAAGGUGCCCAAAUCGCAAUGGGAGACCAAGGUCAACGCCAUUACCACGGGCUCUGCCACCGCACCUCCGAAAGGAGAAGCUCUGCUGGGAGUGAGCGCCUUCCCUCAGUCGGUCGACUACGUCAAGCGAUACCAGGACCCUCGACAGGCCGAUACCAUCAUGAAGGUGCAACAGGAGCUCGACGAGACCAAGAUUGUGCUGCACAAGACCAUCGACUCGGUCCUGCAACGUGGAGAGGACCUGGACAAGCUGGUGGAAAAGUCCGGCACUCUGAGCGAACAGAGCAAGAUGUUCUACAAGACGGCCAAGAGGCAGAACUCAUGUUGCGUGGUCAUGUGA